AUGAAGACUAUAUCCCCUCUAUCGGCGUUCAAGUCAGAAUUACCAGUAUCUAUAAUUAAUGAGGACCUCCCUAUUACUGCCUUAGGUUACGGUGCAAGCUGAGACUCCAAACCAUCUUAUAUACUAAGCUGUUCAGCAAGGAUCAUCCUGUUGGCUCUGAUAGUGGGAUCCUUGAAGAAACACAUACAGCUCCAAAUGGAACUAAGAUUCAGUAGUUUAAACUUGCAACUAGCCCCUAUGCACAUUACAUUAAACUUAUGGUGACAACUUCAGUAAAAAUAAAAAUAUUCAAAUCAUAUGGGAAACACAUAGGAACUCACAAUAACAUAUUUAUAAAAGGGGAAGGGAAUAUAAUAACUAACCCAAAAUAUUUCCCCUGCCUGCUGAAAUCAUAAUAUACAAAUCUACCUGAAUAUGCAAAUUAUGAACCUUGGUAUUCAGGUAGUGCAUACAGCUGUUACAAGAUCCUCACAACCAACAGAUGGCACUGUACAGGCUCCAGGCUCCACAGCCAAAUCCAUUUAGUUGAUUGCAUGCAUCAGCAGGACAAGUGAGCACACAAACAUAAACAAACACAUUAUACACAUGCUGUACCUAUAAUGGGCACAGGGUGACUAAGACAUAAGAAAAAUCUGGGGACCUACAUAAAAUGUCUGUCUUCUGUCCCCAGUGAUGGUGAAUACCGUCACACAAUCCUUUGGCUUUUCCUCAUACGGUUUGACAGAACAAAUUAGAUUUCCUCAAUCCCAAAGCUAAUCUCACCUUUUUGGGAAGACCUAAUUAGAACAUUUUACUUCUUCAUCAGUCAAAGAUAUUUUUAUGGGACAUAGAAAGAUUCAGUUGCACCAAAUCUCUGCAGAUCUUCUGCGACAGACAAAUCACUAUUAAGCUCUCCCGAUUUGUUUCUCCCACUCAUUUGUGCCUCUUUCCCCAUCUCCACAUACUUUUCUUUCUUAUCCUAACAUACCCUAUUGUAAACCCCAUCAUAUGUAUUUCUCCCCACUUUUGCCAGCUCGCGCAUCUUGAUCCUUAUUGCCACAAUGUUUACUCCCACCUCCACUGCAUCACCUUCCUUUCCCUUUCUAGCCUUGUCUUAUCACAGCAUAGCUCCAGGGUUUUGUGAGAGGACAACAUGGUGGGAUUUAACAUUGCAGCAAAGGGAUGUAAAAAAAAAAAACUUCCCUCCGCUUUACUGCCAUGUUGAGGCAACUUCACCACCCUAUGAUGCCGCUGCCGGCUCGUUUGGCCUGUUAUCCCUAAGAGCUGUUCACGCACAUUCGCCAUGUGUUCAGUACUGGAGGAUUAAUUAAUUUACAUACUUAAUUUGAAGAGGCCGUGCAGAGAUUGGAAGUUAAAUAGUCUACAAAGCAUUUAAAGGGACGCUAUAGGCACCCAGACCGUUCAGCUCAUUGAAAUGGUCUAAGUCAUGCAUAGGUAACCUUGGGCACUCCAGAUGUUUUGGACUACACCUCCAAUGAUGCUUUACCAGCAUUAUGGGGGAUGUAGUCCACAACAUCUGUAGUGCCAAAGCUUGCCUACUCCUGGUCUAGGUGCUGUAUCCCAGAUCCCUUAACCCUGCAAAGGUAAUUAUUGCAGUUUUCAAUAAACUGCAAUAAUUACCUUUGAAGGUUAACUCCACUUCUAGACUAGAGAGACUUACGGGUCGUUAGGCAACUUUUGGUCGCCUGACGCUGGACGUCCUCAUGCAAAACCCCAAAGGAAAGCAUUAUGCUUUACUAUGGGUAAAUACUAAUGGGAGCGCAUUAUGUCACCUUACACCAAGCUUGCUGACAUCCGAGCUAAUGCUGAGGUACAUUGGCACUGGACUCAAGUAAGUGACAGAAGGGGGCUUGCGUGGGAGGGGGAAGUUAGUGCCAGGAAAACAAUUGUUCUGAGUAAUUUUAGCUGACAUACUGAAAGUAAUUUAUGCAGCUAUAUGUAAUUUAGAAUAAAAACAAUGUAUCUUAUUUACACAGACUAAUCUCUAAACACGUUUAUUGUUGUUUAAAGACACAUUACUGUGAGUAUUUUUUUCUGUUGCGCUCUGUUUUACACUCAAUCAAUAUGGGGCAACUAAAAAAAGAGGGGCAGAGAGAUUUGGUCCUAAAAUAGGGACUGUCCCUAAUAAAUUGGAACACUUGGGUAGUAAGCUAUAUUAGAAAGAUGUGCAAAAACCCAUAUUGAUAUUUAGGUGCAAUUGUGAUUUUGCAUAUGUUUAUUGUAUUUUGUAUAAUGGUGUAUUUAAAUUUAAUUGAAAGGAAGGAAAGGUAGUUUCUGCUUUGGUUUGCACACGCGCCUUUUAUGUCCAAUUCUUGGGUACAUUUCAGUUAACAGCUGCAUUAAAACGUGCAUUCGAUUAAUAAAACGCUCAGCAGAGACUUUUAUUUUCCUUGGCCCUCCAAGCCUAACCCUGCAGUUAGGGCUCCGCUCAUCAACGAACAGAGAACGUUCCAUCUGCGAUACACUGUAUCACGGGGUCACGUGACAGGAAGGCAGCACUAGCCGAGCUGCAGUGCUCCAGACAUAACCAAUCGAUCCCGUUAGUUCCAUGCCUCAGGUACUGUAUCCUAAAGCUCUCUAUAUUUUCUGUAAAUUGAAUUAACCCCAUAUUCCCUGCAGCUUUCUGUCUAUCCUGUCUGAAUUCCCUCUGACUUCACAUAUUGAGAUAUUAUUCAGUAUCCCCUCAGUCACAGCUGUUCCCUAUUGCUGCCACUUUGACAAAGCAAAACUAUGCCUAAUUUUCAGCUUCCAUCCCUAAUCAGGGAUGGCUUACAGUCUGUAUUUAUUAAUACUAAUCACCUAUUUAUAAUGACAUUAAUGUGCAUUCCAGUUAGAUCAUUUAUUGCCACAGCCAUGUUAUACUCAUUCAAAAUGAUCAGAGCAAGCCCACUGUUUGAAUGUCUCAAAGCAAUAUCUGUUCAGUAAAUGCUUCUAAAAUGUUACCUGUGCGAUUGUUGCUCUGCUCUAAAAAUCUUUAAAGGGCAAUGGACGUUCUUUUGUAGUACUACAACUCUCAUCACAAUCUGUCAGCCAAAUGUAACACAAACACAAUUUGAAAUCCUAUGCAUCCCUCUCCCCUUUCUAAUCAAAAUCUGAUAUGACUAGCAGGAAGUAUUCACUAUACGCAGAUUUUUUAAUUUUUUUUUUACUAAUUUGAAUUGGAGAAUUUUUCUGGAUUUAGUUAUUUUUACCUUAGUUUUUUUUUUUCAUUCAUGAGGUAAAAGUGUAGCCUAAAAUGAAAUGAGUUAAGGUAAGAGUGUCUUUUAAUAAUGACUGUUAAAAAUAAAAUACGCUAUUUGCUUUGAGUAAAAUUGAAAAAUAAUAAAAUACACUAAAGUACACUUUACACUAGUGAAUAGCACGGUUUCAUAAAUAAAAUAAAAAUGAAUAUCAGAAAUAAAAUGGAUGACACAUUUCAUAGCACCCAGUAUGUCUUGAUAUGCCUAAUGUUAGCAUCAACAUUAGUAGAUUUAUUAUCUAGCAUUUCUGGCACAUACAGGACACUUUAGACCCCCGACUUCUAAAGCACUUUUGCUUGCUGAUGUGCUUUAUGUGUGAACAGUAAAAUUCUUUUUUUUUUCAUUUUACAAAAAGUGCAGAAUUCGAUAGAAAUUAACACUUUUACUAAUUAACCUGGUUGCAUCCCCUGACUGUUAAUCAGACAAUUGGUCCUGUUACUGCCUGGUUUGUUUUGCUCAGUGGAGCUAAACUCAAGAGGCAGCAAUUGCCCAGAGCACCUGCCUUGCAAAGACGUCUCAUUGAGCUACAUUGGGAAGUCUGUGAUUGUACAGUCACAGAAAGUCCGGGCGGGUUAGAAGGGUAGGGCUCGCAAAUACAGCAGACAAGAGAUCAGCAGUUUUUGCAAGCUUUUUUUUUUAUACCACUAAAGAAAUAUACCACUAAAGAAAAAAAUCAUAAUUGAAGGGACACUCCAGGCACCGAGACUGCUUCUGCCCAUUGGAGUGGUCUAUUGCACUACCCUUAACCCUGCAAGUGUAACUAUUGCAGUUUUCAUAAACUGCAAUAGUUACAGUGCAGGGUUAAGUCCUCCUCUAGUGGCUGUCUACUAGACAGCCACUAGAGGACACUACCGUGUUCAUAGAAUACGAAAAGUGUUUUAAAACGACGCUGGACGUCCUUACGCUAUGUGAGGACCUCCAGCGUCCAGGAAAGCAUUGAAAGCAUUAUUCAAUGCUUUCCCAACGGGAUGUCUAAUGCGCAUGCGCAUUAGAUCUUCCACAUCGGCGGGGGAGGAGAGAAGGCGGAGCCUGACCCAGCAACUUGGGAUGGGUGUGGGAGGGAAAGGGGCACUUGAGGGUCCUGCAGUGCUAGGAAAACGAAUAUAUAUAAUAUUUUUUUUCCUCUUUUAUUAGGGCAGUGGCGUGUCCAAUUCAAGUCACGGUGUCUCAUUUAAAAAAUGGGCCACUCCUUUUGCUGUUUGAAAUGUUGGGGGAGCAGGGGUGGGGAGCUAAUUCUAACACACAAUCAUAAACAGGGUUAUUUACUAAACUGGGAAUUAUUAUUUAUAAAAUAUUUCACCAGGAAAGAUACAUUGAGAUUUCUCUCGUUUUCAAGUAUGUCCUUGGUCCACAAAUUGACCGGGGACAUCCAUGAAAUUUCUUAUUUUAAGCCAAAACAAUAAAUGAUUAAAUUCCUUAGUACGUUUUUGAACUCGGGAUAUUUUUUUCCCUCCUCCAGGAUGCCAGUUUCUUUGAAGCCUCCAUUUGUGGUGACGUUGGAUAUUAACCUGCUCCUGGUGGCUCUGACAAUACUGGGUCUCCUGACAAGGCUAUGGUCGCUCAAUCACCCACAAGCUGUUGUGUAAGCUGCUCAUUCACCUUUUUUCCUGCUAGGAUUGCUAUCGUUUUAUAUAAUAUAUAUAUUGUUAUUGUGAAGUGCCUGUUAUGUUAUGUAUGUGUGUGGGCUGUUUGUGAUGUUAAAUGUUUGUAUGUGGUUGCACAUUAGUACUUGUAAGUGUGAUGUGAGCUGUCCAUGGUAUUGGGUGUGUCCAUGUGCAUGGGGUGGUUAUUGCAAGGAUGUGUUAAGAUUGUAUGUGAGAGAGAUGUAUUGGCAGGUGAUUUGUGGGUCUUUAUGCAAUAAAUAUAUAAUUUAAUUUAAAAAGUUAUAAAGUUAUUUUAUGCCCCUUUUGCCCUUUGCAGGUGGGUGUGAUGGGGCAUGAAUCUUCAUUAAAAAUCGAGUUUUCCAGGGUGUGGUUCUUGUGAUCUGCACCUUUCAUGUGUGCGGACCACUUGUGUGCCUGUCUCCAUUAGGAUGCAAUUCCAGCGAGACAGAAUAUGGAGAAGUUCCAGAUUGCAAAGAAGAGUUCCCUGUGGUGUCUGCACCUGCUGGAGGUGCAGACCAUAGGCUCCUUUGAGCGGGAGCGCUCUGGAAUGACCAUGCAUGACACACAUGCCACAGGUUGCCGACCCCUGAUUUAGAAUCUGUGGCAAUGUAGGCAAAAAUGUGACUGGUGAAUAAUAUACUGCAGUAAUUUGAUAUAGAAGAUAAUGAAUAAGUGGGCAAAAAGAAACAAUUUAAAGGGACACUAUAGUCACCCAGACCACUUCAGCUCAGUGAAGUGGUCUGGGUGCCAGGUCCCUCAGGAUUUAACCCUUCAGAUGCAAACAUAAUAGUUUCAGAGAAACUGCUAUGUUUACAUUUGGGGUUAAGCCAGCCUCUAGUUAUUAUGCCUCCAUCGCGCAGAGCAUCCAUAGGAAAGCAUUGACGUCGGCAGGGGAGGAGAAAUCACUAGCGCCAAGGGAGCCCGGCACUUGAUUAAGGUAAACUGCUGAAGGGGUUUUAACCCCUUCAGGGUAACGGGAGGGGGACCCUGAGGGUGGGGGCACCCUCAGGGCACUAUAGUGUCAGGAAAACCGCUUUGUUUUCCUGACACUGUAGUGAUCCUUUAAAAUUACCAAGCUUGUGGGGGUUGGGUUGAUGGGUGCACUUUUUAAAUUUAAGUAUCUGGGAUUGAUCCUAUACCAGGGGUAGGCAACUUUCGGCACUCCAGGUGUUGUGGACUACACCUGCCAUAAUGCUCUUACAGCCAUAAUGCUGGCAAAGCAUCAUGGGAGGUGUAGUGCACAAAAUCUGGAGUGCUGAAGGUUGCUUAGCCUGAAACAUUUGAUCUGAAAUGUCACCUGUUCUUGUCAUCUCCCUGGUAGCAGACAUUUAUUAAAUCAGCUACAAUGUUACAUUUUAGUUACUGGACAUUCUCAUUCAUUUCUUUAGACUAAUGGUUUUUUUUUGUGUUUGUUUUUUGUCCUGCAGGUUUGAUGAAGUGUAUUAUGGGCAGUUUAUAUCUCUGUAUAUGAAGCGCAUAUUUUUCUUAGAUGACAGUGGACCACCUCUAGGACACAUGCUUCUGGCAUUGGGAGGUAAGCAUGUGCUGAUCACUUCAUACACACAUAAAAGUAAAAUAACAUUUCUCUAUGCCCCCAAAGAAGAAUUAUGCGAUCGUAUCCCACUAAAAUAUUGGAUUGAAUUCCAGUGUUGGGGGUCAUUCCGCAUCAAAUAUUGGAAAUAUAUUGGAGGGAAUAGUCUUUUUCUUUUUUCAGAGAUUAAAACAUCAUCUAAACUUCAUUACUAAGUACUUACAUUUUCCAGGUUACCUUGGUGGGUUUGAUGGUAAUUUCGUGUGGAACAGAAUUGGAGCCGGUAAGUAAAAAUAUAUGAAUAUAUUGGCGUGUGCUUUCUGUCACGCUCUGUAUAACCCUCUGUGUGCCAGAGUAGAUGGGGUAUAGGCCAAAUAUUUCUCACCCAACUGCACCAAAAUGGUAAAUUGUGAGUUUUAAGAAAGGAGGCUGUGUAUUUGAUUACAUUGUCCUAUUAUAUUUUUCUUUUUUUCCUGCACAGAGUACAGCAGUAAUGUCCCUGUCUGGUCUCUCCGACUGCUGCCUGCAAUAUCUGGAGCACUGUGUGUUCCCCUAACUUAUCAGAUUGUAGUGGAGUUGGGGUUCUCUGCACGUGCAGGUCUGGUAGCCUCCAUUCUACUUUUAUUUGGUGAGUUGGUAUAAAAAUCAAAAAAAAAACAACGUUUCGGCUGAAAAGCCUUUGUCAAGGCAGCUCCCUUGACAAAGGCUUUUCAGCCGAAACGUUGUUUUUUUUUUGAUUGACUCUGUCCCUACUUCUCACUGAAUUUGGUAUGGUUUGCUGCAUUUUUUUUAUAUGUCUGGGUUUUCAUUAUACUAGUAUUAUAGUGGACUGUUUGCAUGAUAUUUCUUUCAUUCAUUUAUUACGCAUUGAGCGUUUAUAUUUGCCUAUAUCAUUGCUUUUCUGGUAAAUGCUUUUGAAUAGCAUGACUUUGUACCUCUGUGGAUAAUAUUUAAAGAGACAGUCCUAUAGUAUAUACCCAUUUAAUAAAGAUUUUUUCAUAUAUAUAAAGAUUUAUGGUUGUGCUCCUUACUCUAUUCACACUGUUAUGUAGUUUGGGUUCUUUAGGUGAUAGAGCCUUAUGUGGGUGAGCACCCAGUAUUUAUUAUAUUAGCCUUUUCCUGGGGCUAUUUUGUUGUUUAGUCGAGUGUGCCCGCCUUGUUUCAUUUACACAGAUACACAUACCUUGACACACAAUGUGUAUCUGUGUGUGUGUAUGUAUGUGUGUAUCUAUGUUUCAAGGUGUGUGUAUCUAUGUUUGUAUGUGCCAUUGUGUAUGAAUCUGACACACAGAUACACACAUUGGCCGAUAGUAGCACACAGAUACCCACACCUUGACUCACAAUGUGUAUCUGUGUGUGUAUCUGUGUUUGUAUGUGCCGGUGUGUGUCAAGGUGUGUAUAUCUGUGUUUGGAUGCACCAGUGUGUGUAUAUGUAUCUGACACACAGAUAUACACACACAUCUUGACUCACAAAUACACACACACACAUACUCAGAUACACACAGUGAUAUACACAUACAAACACACUGAUACGCACUGAUACAUACUGGCACACACAAACACAGUAACACAUACAGAAACACACUCUUUGACAGACACACAUACACUCUCACUGACAAACACACACAUACACUCUUUGACAAACACACACACUCUUUUACAGACACACAUACAAACACAUAUACAUUCUCAUUGACAAGAACAGAUACAUUCUCACUGACAAACACGUACACUCACACACAAGCACACAUUCAAUCUCACUGACAAACACACAAACACAUACAAACUCCCUAACAGACAAAACAUUUUACUCCACCCAGCCCCCCUACCUUUAGGAGUGCUGGCAUGGAGUCCUUGGGGUCCAGUGGGGCUGCUGUCGGCUGGCAUAAAGUCCCUGUGGUCCAGUGGGGCUGCUGGGUGGCUGGAGAGCAGUCCCUGGUGUCCAGUGGGGCUGCUGAGCGGCUGGCAUGAGGACGGCAAGGGAGCAGUGAUCUCCUGCUCAGUUCCCUUGCGCGCCUCUUAGUGAUGCCGGAGCUGGAGUGACAUCAUAUUCCGGUUCCAGUAUCACUGCUGUGCGCGCAAGGGAGGUGAGCAGUGAGAUCUCUGCUCCCUCGCCGCCCGCGGCCGUUUUAUUUUCACAUUUUUUGGCGGAACCCCAACACCAAUUGGGAAACGCUGGUCUAGUUAUAUAAUAGCCGGGGCUAAUGAAAACCAAGUGGGAUGGUUCUUUUAACAGGUUCAUCCAUAAUCAUUAACCUCAAGUUUAGAUACACUACUGUAUUGUUUGCCAUCCGUACAUCAGCAUAACAAGCUACCUUUACAGACAUUUGUGAUCUAGGUAUUAUUUCAUUUUCAGAUAUUGUCCCUUAGCGUGAAACCUCCUGUAUACGUAACAGUGAACUCUCAAAGGUUGGGGGCUUUGAAAUGGAGGUAACUCUUAAGUCUAAGUCUCCAAGUCUGAAGUUGGACAGUAUAGUGUUAAUUGAGGCACAACCUUUUUACAAUCCAUUAAAUGUUACACAGAAACGUGUUGUGCCUGUUAUAUGCCACUGUUCCUCAUGGUGGCAUAUGGCACCAACAGCUAUAGCGGAAGACAGAACUCUUUUUGCUCCAACAGAGUGUCAGUGGUUUGGCAUCAAUUCUAAUAUAUUCAAUAUUUCUGUGUUACAUGGACUAAAACAGUUUAAAAAUAACACCAAAAAUCUGUCUCCUAAAUUCUACGAAAUGUCUGAUCCAAUCAAAAGAUCUGAUCCACUCACGACAAAGUGUCCCUAAAUAGCAGGAUAUUUAGUCUCAUUCUAUUUCUCUCUACCUUUGUUUUUUUGUUUUCUUUAACAUCCUCACAGAGAAUGCACUGAUUACACAGUCACGUCUGAUCUUGCUGGAAUCCGUGCUCAUUUUCUUCAUCCUUUUGGCAUUACUGUCAUUUAUAAAGUUCUGUCACUCUCAGGAGAAUAGGUAAGUCCUCUGUGACAAUAAGGUCAUUGAUAUCUGUACUCUGAUACAUCUAACCACAUGUGCUAUCUACUUUAUCUGGUACAGCAACCUUAAAGGAAUCUUAUUUUUUUAUUUAAUGGGCUUUUGCGCAAAAAUGUUAUUGGGUAAUUUUUUGUAUGUUUAAACUAAAGUGUGUUGUGUAAAGUAAUGUGUCAGUGUAGUUUGUACACAGUUGCAAUGGACUCCUCCAUGUAUCUGAGUUGGCAAUUUUUACUGACAAAGAAAUAAAACAAAAACAAAUGGAUUUAAGAAAACAGAGGAUGCAACUGGUUUAUAAUAUCAGUAAUUGUCCUGUUGUAUACCUCUAUGGAAUAUGUGUGUGCUUUGUAAAAUAUAGAGGGAAAUAGAAACAUUGAGGACUAAAGGACACCCUUGUCUGGUACUUCUUUCUGUAAAAUAAAAAAUGUAUAUUAAAAAAGUGGGUAAUGUUUAUCCCAUUGAUUAUCAGAAAUAUUUUAUUUAUAGCCUAGAUUUACACUGGUAGGCUACAUUCAGUGCACCAGUUGUUGUAGACUACAUCUCCCCUGAUGCUUUGAAAACAUUAUGGCAGUAACAGCAUUAUGGGAGCCGAAGUCCACAACAUCUGGAGUGCCAAAGUUUGCCUACCUCUAAUCUUGAAUACCAUUUUUUUCUGUCACUCUUUGUUGAUAAUAUUGAGAAAUGUUUUCAUGUAUUGAUCUCUAGUUGCAACAAAUUAGGUCUUAUGAGUUUUAUUAAUCAAUUACAAAAUUGUCACCUAGAACAUAAACACAUGAAAAAAUAUUCAGUCAAAUUUAAUUUGCCACUGGCUGUAAUUUUUUUUUGUUUUUUUUUAUCAAAACUUUUUUCUUUCUUUCAUCGUUUUCCAUGCAUUUGGUGCUGAAGAACUCGCUUUUUAAGAAUAUCCUCUGAUAUCGCCCAAACUAAUUAAAACGAUUUGUCUAGCAAUGCAAUGCUUUGUGAAUAAUCCCUUAGUCCACUUUACAGAGUAAAACUGAGUGGUGGAACUUCCCCUGUGGAUUAAUAUUAUCCUUUGCUCUACAGUCCCUUCUCUAUAUGCUGGUGGUUCUGGCUGCUGCUUACUGGGGUUUCUUGUGCCUUAGCUGUAGGGUAAGUAAUCAUUUCACGACAGACAGUAUUUUUUAUUUAACGUCCGCCUUCCUAUGUGCGUCCAGUAAAUCUUCUAUCUACUCUCCAUAGGGUGAAAUACAUGGGUCUCUUCUCUUAUCUACUGAUUUUGGUUAUUGCUGCCGUUCACACUUGGCAACUUAUCGGUGAUCGAACCUUGUCCAACGUAUGUAUAUUGAUCUGCUCUGGUCAUGGUGACUGCUAACGGUUCUUUGACCUGUAGGCUGUUUGUUACUGUUACAGGUGUCUUUGCUGUUCCAUUUGCUGGCACGUGGCUUCUCUCUGCUUCUAGUACCUGCUGCCCUAUAUCUGGGGAUAUUCUACAUUCAUUUGUCCUUGCUGAUCCGAUCGGGUCCUCAUGACCAUAUAAUGAGCAGUGCUUUCCAAGCCAGCCUCGAGGUAACUAGUUCCCAUUGAGAAUAUAUUACUUUGUGUCAUCCAGUAAUGUUUGAGAAUUGGUUAUAUCCACUGACUGUGACAUUGAAUGGAUUCUUCAAGGCUUCGUUGUUUUUGUACUUUACCUUGACAACAUUCUGUAAAUGGCCAUUAACUGCUCCAAUAGUGACAGCAGUUGUAUUUUUGUAUAACAGCCCUGUUCAGUAUUCAUUGGGGAAAACACGUAAUCUCUGCUGUGACUAAUUCAGUUUGUGAUUCUUAGGGUGGGCUUUCACGGAUCACGCAGGGGCAACCCUUAGAGGUUGCUUAUGGAUCCCAAAUAACCCUACGGAACACUUUAGGGAAACCUGUGCCAUGCUGGCUUCACUCGCACAAAAACACCUACCCUGUACGGUAAGUGUAUGUCUAUGUGUAUGUACAUGUAUGUGUAUCCAUUUUUUCCCUUGAAACACAGAAUUUGUAGCCAUUAACGGACCACUAUAGGCACCCAGACCACUUCAGCUCAAUGCAGUGGUCUGGGUGCCAGGUCCAUCUAGGGUUAACCCUGCAGCUGUAAACAUAGCAGUUUCAAAGAAACUGCUAUGUUUACAUUAGGGUUAGUCCAGCCUCUAGUGGCUGUCUCAUUGACAGCCGCUAGAGGUGCUUCCGCACUUCUCACUGUGCUUUCGGCAGAUAACGUCGGAAGAGGGAGGAGAGUCCCCAGCACCAAGGGAGCCCGGCGCUGGAGAAAGGUAAGUUUUUAACCCCUUCCUCCCCCUAGAUUCUAGCGGGAGGGGACCACGAGGGUGGGGGGAACCCAAAGACCCUAUAGAGCCAGGAAAAUCCUUUAAAGGUUUUUAAACAGGGAGGGCUAAUCAACACCUGACGUAGGGCUCCUAUGUUUCUUUCACUGACUGAUAUUUAUGCAAAGGAUAGUCCAUAACAGGACGUCAAAGGUUAACCAUCAAUUUUCCUUGGGUUCUAUUGCAGCAUGACAUUACACUGUUGGGUAGGUUAGUUAGUGAAGUGAAUUUUCUGUAUUGCAGUGAUUGUGUUUUCUGUAAAGUAUCUGUCUCACCAGCUGCCUUUGUAUCUAGGUACGAAGGUGGCCGAGGAAGCUCCCACCAGCAGCAGGUCACCUGCUACCCCUACAAAGAUGUCAAUAACUGGUGGAUCGUGAAGGAUCCAGCAAGGUAUCUAUCUAUCUACACAGUUAAAUGGUGCAUGUGGUAGUUUGUAUUUCUGUAUAGUGUUUCAUAAUAGCUUUGCUGACCUUGCUGUUUUAUAAUCUCCUCUCAGGCAAGAGAUGGUGGUAGGUUCUCCACCACGUGCCAUACAUCACGGAGACACCAUACAACUGGUACAUGGUAUGACCACCCGUUUCCUAAACACGUAUGUAUAGAUUCUUAAAAUACAUUUAAGGUGACAUAUACAGACAAUUUUACUAUAAACAUUUAUUUCAAUAUCAAAGUAAAUAAUUUACUCUAUUGCCACUUUAGACAACCAUUUCCUUGAGCCUGUAUAUGAAGGUUAAAGGGGAACUGUCUUGAAAAAAGAGAAUUUGUUUUCAGUACUUACCAUAAUUUCUUUUUUGGCUACUACCCAUGUCAACAUCACCUAUGGGUUAAGCUCCUUCCACUCAGCUGAUAGGACAGGAAUAUUUAAAUUAAAUUUAAGGACAUUAUAAGAGGAGUCUUCCCCCCCUCAACAGCAGUCUUGUAACUAAGUUAACCAAUGGAGGGGAGGGAAAUGUUGAUAUGGAUAUUAGCCAGUAAAAGAAAAUUACGGUAAGUAUUGAAAGCAUAUUCUGUUUUCCCGGCUAAUCCAUGUCAGCAUCACCUAUGGGAUUUCCAAAGUUUACACAGUUGAGAAUUAAAAGAGAACAAAUGAUAACUGCCCAAAUAUUUACAUUUAUUGAUGAGACACAGCUGAGUGCAGGUCACUUCUGCCAAUGGAGGAGGUCAAAGAGGAGUCAAAUCUUACAUGGUGACCACGGUGCAGCCUUACAAAUCUCCUAGGUAGAGGUGUCCACCAAAGAUGCCCAGGAUACCAAGACAGCCCUUGUAGAGUGAGCCUUGAUGCCUUCUGCAAUAGGUUUGCCAUCUACCUUGUAGGCCUUAUGAAUUGCAGACGUAAUUCACCUACGGUUAAAAGAGACUGAAGCUGCCAAGCCCUUGUGAUGUCCAAAGGGAAUGACAAACAAACUAUUUGUUUUACGAAGUUCUUUAGUUCCAUCCAGAUAAAUGUGCCGAGCUCUUACCACAUCCAGGUUAUGCCACAAAAGAUAAAAUAGUGAAUGAAUGAAAUAAAUAAAUAGACAUUUAAGUACCUUGCAGCAGAGCUCCAAACGAUUCCAACACUUCAAAUCAGAGAAAACGGUUUUACAAAUUGCAUCACCUUAAACUUGGGCCUCCUUAAAAUAUAGCCUUUAACUAUACCUACCGGCACUUUAAGAACUCUCAUGCAUGUGUGCAGCGUUCUGGAAGAUACCAGUCGGGCAUGAUGGCUAAGGAGGAAGUUGCAUCAUAGCGCACACCUGCUGGAACACAUGAGAGAGUUUGCGCCCGACCUCCUUUUGCAACAGAGAGCCUAAAAGAGGAAUAAAUUAGCUUUAAAUUCCGAUGUCCAAAACGAGUGCUCACAAAUGUGCAAGCGCGGGAUCUUAGAACAACCAAGCUGUUAGGAGGACAAAGCAACAACUGUGGAAAACAGUAAACACUAACAAAUGAGGCAUUUAUACAACCGAAAACUCUUGAAACAAGUAGAAACUUUUGUCCCCAAUUCUUCAGUUACCAUAGAUUAAUAUAGCAACCAAUAUACAAAAAAGUGAAGGAAAAACAGCCCCGUAACAGAUCAGGCUGUUCUCCUUCAAACCACCCAAAACAAAUCAACGUCUAAGGAAAAUAAAUAAAUUUUACUAAGAAUAAAAUCAAAAAAACCUAAGGACUCGUAUAUAGGACAGUGGACUACAAAGUUAUAAUGGAAACAGCAUGUAUCAAUCACUGUUAUAUGUAGCAGAUUGAACUCAAACAGAGUUAAAGCUACACAUGAUACUUGGAUACAUAUUGAACCUAACAAAAGGGAUAAACUUGUAUAAAAAGAGUAAACUAAUGGGGAGGACCAUAUAGGUAAAGAGAAAGUUCAAAUAAACCCCAGAGCUGAAAAAAUCAGUCUCAUAGUAACUCCAUACUAUAUUAUAUGGUCGCCCCAACGUAUUUAAACACUCAAUACACUGUUAAUAGGAGUCCACUAAAGGUAAAGGUAUAUUCAAACAGAAACAAAUUGAGAAAAAUAAAUAAAAAAUAAAUCAAAUUACCUAAAGACUCAUAAAGAUAACACAAUACUGUCUAUAAACUGCAAGGUUCCAGUAUAGGUGAAAAUAAUCGGAACACUAUUCCAUAUAGUAGUCUAAACUCAGAAAGAGUUAGUGCUAAGUAGGUUAUAUAUAAUAUAGAUUAAACCCUGCAGAAAGUCAGAAAGUGCAAGUUAGUUGACUUGCAUUGGAAAUCGAAAGGAUAGGGAAGAUAAUAUAAACGAAGAGAGAAAUGAAAAGUAGAGAUGGAUAUAAAUAUAAAUAUAAAGUAAGUCUAAGUAAGACAGACAAAACUAGAUAGAUCCACCUCACAAUAUCUCCCUAUUAAAUAAUCAUCCCAGCGUAUAGAACCGAUCAACCCCAGAGUCACUAAAACAUUAAUCUAAAAGAGUAACACUAAAGGUAUAACAAUGUACAUCGGAGAAAACAAGCCCUAAUAUAGCAACCAUAAUAGAGUUUCAAACCGCUUGUGCUGUAUCUGGGUUCCUCCCUAGAAAGAGAGGCUGAACUCUCUAGAGGAGCCAUACUGAGAAUAAUGGCGGGUGAAAGAAAAAUUAUUUUAAAAUUAUUUUCGGCCCCCCCCCCCCAUGCUGUUAAGGUUUGGAGACUCCUUUUAGAAUGUCCUUGAUUAUAUAUUUGAAGAUAGCUGUCCUAUCAGCUGAGAGGGAUGAGCUUAGAUGAUACUGACAUGGAUUAGCCAGGAUUUUUAAAAAAUUUUGUUUUUUUGCUUUCUAUUCGAUAGUCUGUGUUAAUCAUUUAUUUUUUGCAAAAUACCCUGUUGAGAGAUUUGAUCUUCAACUUGCACUGUAAGCAGCAUAAACAUUACAACUUAGUGUAAUGAUUAUGCUGCCAAUAGUCUAUCAGAGUUUCUCUCGGUUUGACAAAAUCUAAGACUCUUUCUAGCACUCAGACACCACCCACUCUUCAGCCAAUCAGAUACUGUGGAAUUUACACUUCUGCAAUUCUGUCCAAACUAGAUGAUGAUCAUAGGCUAAGAGUGCUGGGGGCUGAUUAACUUUGUGAUGUUGCUGGCAAUAGUAGGUGAAUAAUAGGCAAAUUCCAUUUUUACUGUUGCUGAUGGUAAAUCUUCCGAAAUGAAUUUGAGGAGAUCCAGAUAAAUCAAUAGGUCAUUCACAUAAGUAUUCUCUUACUGGGCUGUUAGUGGAUUAAUGCACUAAUAUGUUUUAACAUUGUACCCGAUCUCAUCCAAGGAUCUUUCCUCCUUAUCUAGACAUGAUGUUGCUGCUGCUUUGUCCCCAUACUCCCAGGAAAUCUCCUGCUACAUAGACUAUAAUAUCUCUAUGCCGGCACAGACACUGUGGAGAGUGGUGAGUUAGUGUCACUGACAAGAAAAUAGGCUAAUAGUCACUAGAAGCUUACACUUCUCUCUCUUGCUACUGUUACUGUGUCCUGUUUGCAAGCCAUGCUUUUAUCACACUCAAAGCUUCAACUACAAGUAAUGCUAAUACUUGUCUGUUAAACCCCUUCUACGAGUUCUGUUCUACAGGACAGAACCAACUGCUACUGUGUUCUGAGCAAAAUGGAAUGCAGUCCUGUACCUUUAAUAAGCAGGUAACCUAAAGCUUAAUUAGAGGGACACUCCAGACUGGAAAUAAGGAAAAUUUGAUGCAUUAUAUAGAUGAUAAAUUGAAGAAAUAAAUUAACAAAAACGAAUUACUUGUAAAGUUCCAGUCGUUGCUAUAUUUGCCGUGGCAAGCUUCCUCUGCAGAUAAGCCGCUUCCAAGACCAGGAAGAGGCUUCACCUAUUAUGAGCCUCUCAUUCUGAUCUAAUAGAAUCUGAUCUUCUCCCAUAAACCCCUGUCUAGCAUAGGUUUUGUUUUCUAUUAACCAUUGCUGUCAAUAUAAUUAUUAUUGUAAUCUGGUACAAAAUGAGUUAUUAUAAUGCACAGUAUCUAGCUGCUGUACUUGUUUGUUUUUUUAUUUUGUGCCAUUUUUAAAAAUUAUAUAUAUAUAUAUAUAUAUAUAUAUAUUUUUUUUUAUUUUUUUAUUUUUUUUUAUGAAUUAUGGAGGUCUUUAUUUUUCUACAGUUAAGAUGUCCACAGUGUGACAGUAAUCACCACAUUACUAUAUUGAUAGAUAGUAUCUUCACCACACUCGUGAAAUGUUCCACUUCGUGUUCCCGAUGUAUGUCUCCCCUCCAUCCCUCACAGGAGAUUGUGAACCGAGAGUCUGACACAGACACCUGGAAGAAUAUCCUGUCUGAGGUGAAGUUGGUCCACGUCAACACAUCGGCGGCAUUGAAGGUGUGAGGAUAGAGGGAGGUGGAGGUGGGAUGGUGACAAACAUUAGGCAAAUGUGGGAGACAAUAAGAGCCUCACUCCAAAAUACAGUGGCAGGAAAAGGCUUGCAAACCCUUUAUAAAUGUCUGCAUUUAUGUAUAAAUCUGGUUACAUGUUCAUCUAAGUUACAGUAAUCAACAAACACAAUCUGUUUUAAUAACACACAAAUUAUUGUAUUGUUUGUGUACAUAUCGAAUAUAUAAUUCAAAUAUUCACAGUAUUGGUUGGGAAAAGUAUGUUAGUAUGACUUCAACAAAAGCUAAUUUGAGUUGAAAAUUGGCAAACCGGGGUACAAUUAACAAAACGAGAUUGGAGGUGUGGGCUAAAACUACUCUGACUUAUAAAACGCACUCAAACAUUUUGAGUUUGCUUAUAACAAAAAGCGUUUGUCAAUGCCUUGCAAAAAGGAGCACUCAGAAGACCUGCGAUCAAGAAUAGUUGCAAUAUAUAAAGCUAGAAGGUUACCAUCUGUCCGAUGUUGGACAAAUUGUCUAUAAUUGGAGAGGAUUUAGUACUGUGGUUACUCUAUCUUGAAGUGGCCCUCCAGCCAAGAUGACUCAAGGGGAACACUGCAGAAUUCUCAAUGAGGAAAAAUAUCAUUGCAACUGGUUAAUUUCUCUGUUCAGUAGUCUACUAUACAGAAGAUCGGAGUGGAGUCCAUGGCAGGACACCAUGAAGAAAGCCACUGCGUUACAUAAAUGUAAACAUUGCUGCACGCCUGGAGUUUGCAAAAGUCAACCUUGACACUCCAUAACACUAAUGGGACAAUGUUUUAUGGACUGAUAAAUCUCCGGUUGAGUUGUUUGGGAAGAUCAUGCAGCACUGUGUAUGGUGUUAAAAGGGCAACGCAUACCAACAUGAAAACAUCAUCCUAACAGUUAAGUAAAGUGGGGGGAACGUCAUGAUUUGCGAUUGGUUUUCUGCUUUGAGGCAUGGACCACUUGCCAUCAUUGAGGGGAAAAUUAAUUCCAAAGCUUAUCAAGAUAUCCUACAGGUUGAUAUCAGCGUGGCUGUGGGCCAGCUGAAGCUCAGUAGAAAUUGGUCGAUGCAGCAGGACAAUGACAUUAAAAAUUGAAGUAAAUGCACUACAGAAUGGCUUCAAAAUAAAAGAAAGCCACCUUUUGGAGGGCCCAGUCAGAGCCCAAACCUUAACCCCAUAGAGAUGCUGUAGAAUUACCUCACGUGAGCUGUUCACACCAGACUCCCUAAGAAUAUGGCUGAGCUGAAGCAGUUCUGUAAGGAAGAGUGGUCCAACAUUCCUCUUGAAUAUUGUGCAGGUCUAGUCCUCAGCUGAUGGAAACACUUGAUUAAGGUUAUUCCUCCCAAGGGAGGAUCAACUUGCUAUUUAAUCCAAAUGGUAAUUUUUUCCCCCCACAGAACUUGGAUGUUGAAUGGGAUUUAAUAAAGACAUGAACGAUGAUAAUUGUUUGUGUAUUGUUAACUUAGGUACAUUGUGUUUGUCUAUAUUUGUGACUUUAGUGAAGAUGAGAUUACAUUUUAUGACCAAUUCAUACAGAACACCAACUAAUUUCAAAUGGUUCACAUACUUUUUUCUUUGGGUAAAGUUAACUUGUUAAAAUACUUCCUGGGAUACCUCUGCUAAAUUCCCUGUGGGAUAAAAAAUCAAACCAAAGAUGGCUGCCAGGGGCCAUCUUGGAAGAUGCAGAUGUGAUUCCCAGGUGAGUAUAUAUUUCCUGUACACAUUUAUCUGGUGAUUUUGACUGUAGGCUAUGUGGCAAAAGGGGAAGUUGUUAUCAAAUUAUUAUUAUUAAAUUUAGUCCUCCAUUUAGCAGGAAGGACUCAACAAAUGCCCCCCUCCCUUCCUCUAUUCCAUCUACAUGGAUGUGGAAGGCUAAUGAGACCUGGGUAGGGACCCGUAUUUCUGUAUCACUCAAGGCACCCCGUGACCAGUAUAGUUGAGGCGGUUGGUGUAUUUUUUCCUACCAAAAUGUAGUUAGAAAAUGCGUUUUAUAUUUGAUUGUGUAUUCUUUUUUGGGUCUAUUUUAAAAUUUGUUGAAAAAAAUCAUAUGUUUUAUUUUACCAUACCUCUUGACUCGACAUCAGCUCAGUGGAGCGGCAUUGCCAGAUUGGGGUUUUCGGCAGCUGGAGGUCGUUGGAGAGAAGUUGUCAAAAAGCUACCACCAGAGCCUGGUAUGGAAUGUGGAGGAGCACCGAUACGGCAGGAGUAAGUGCACAUUUACGCUUUCAUUGAUACUCCUUGCUAGGGUGAGCUCAUUCUUUCUAGGGUGAGCAUUCCUUUCAUCAUUCAAAGUGUAUUUUCUCAUUGCCAUAGCUCUGGCGAAUUGUGUAUGUUCACACAGACUCUGUAGAUACCCAGAUGAGUUGGAUUGGUCUCUAAGAGAAACUGAAACAGCCAACUACAGAACUCUGGAAAUACAGAUAUGGCUUGACAGCCAUCAGACAACGAGCACCAUAAAUGGUCAUUAAAGCAUUCCAUUGUUAUAGUAAGAUUGUAAGAAUUUCAAAUGGAACUAGCCAGACUAAGAUACAAAUAUUGGCAGGAAAUCCCGUUAAUGAUCGGAUUAGGACAUUUCAUUCGAGAUAAGAUAAAGUAUUGUCUGUCUCUCAUUCAGGAGAUGGUAUUGAUAAGAGUCUUUGAUAAUUUCCAGUAAUUAGGUGGUUAUCAUGUCACUAAAAGGUGACUCUGCUGAAACUGAGAGUCCUAUAAAAUUCAGGCAAAUACUGAACACUAUUUGUUUAAACGAUUUUCUUGAUUUUGUAAAGUGUAUUUAUCCUUUUGAAGUUUUGUAAAUCUCUAUGUAUGAGUCCUGCCUUUUCUCACAAAUGUUGUUACAUUCUGGUUACACCUGAUAACCAUUAGUAAGUUGUGCACCUCUCUGCAAGUUCCUGAUGAAACUCUUUGUUUUGUAUUAAAUCAGCAAUUUUUAUUACUGUCUGUACAGCACUGAUAAGGGUGGUGGCUGCAAGGAAAAUCUCCAGCAGCUGUAAACCUACAAAUCCCAUGAUGCUGUAGUAGCCUCAAAGCUGGCAAAGUAUCAUGUAGGCAACAGUACAACAAGCUCUUCCACCCCAUUUCCCCUGAUGGAGGUUUAUGGCAGUCGGAAACGUCUCAUUCCCUUGAAUUUAAUCAAAAUCCUAAAUAUAUUCCAGCACUUAGAUCCACUUCUUACUGGGACUGUUCAAAAUGAAUUGACAGUAGUCACCUAUUAUGAUAAUUGGUACUUUGAAUGCAGCUCUAAAAAAAUCUUUUGCCAAUUACUAAAUAGUUUUUUGUUUGGUGAAUUAGGUUUUAUAGUUAAGUAUGCCCUUUUUUUUUUUUUUGCAAUUUAAAUUUUAAGACUAUCAAAUACAUUUUGUAGUGAAUUGAAGACCUAGCUCAGUGAUGACUAACCUUGACACUAUACAUAGCUUCUGGACUACAUUUCCCUUGAUGCUCAGCUAGCUUUUAGAGUCUAAAAGCUAGAUGAGCAUCAUGGUAAAUGUAGUCCAGAAACUAUUUAUGGUGUCAAGGUUAGCCAUCACUGACCUACCUUCAGAAUUACAUGGACACCUAAGGCACCCAGACCACUAAAAGUAAAUGAAGUGGUCUGGGUGCAGUGUCUCUAUCUCCUUAUUGUAGAACUUUGCCAUUUUUGAUAAACAUAGUUACAUAGCUGAAAAGAGACUUGCGUCCAUCAAGUUCAGCCUUCCUCACAUUUGUUUUUUUGCUGUUGAUCCAAAAGAAGGACAAAAACCCCAGUUUGAAGCACAAUUUUGCAACAAGCUAGGAAAAAAAUUCCUUCUUGACUCCAGAAUGGCAGUCAGAUUUAUCCUUGGAUCAAGCAGUUAUUACCCUACAUUGAAAGAUUAUAUCCUUGAAUAUUUUGCAAGUAUGCAUCUAGUAGCUGUUUGAACAUCUGUAUGGACUCUGAUAAAACCACUUCGUAAGGCAGAGAAUUCCACAUCCUGAUUGUUGUUACAGUAAAAAAACCUUUCCUUUGCCUUAGACAAAAUCUUCUUUCUUCCAGUCUAAGCCCGCCUCUGCACUUUUUCUAGUGCCAUAAUAUCCUUCUUUAGAACAGGUGCCCAAAAUUGCACAGCAUAUUCAAUAUGGGGUCUUACCAGUGAUUUAUAAAGAGGUAAAAUUAUAUUCUUGUCCCGAGAAUGAAUGCCCUUUUUCAUGCAUGACAAUACCUUACUGGCCUUGGCCACUGCUGAUUGACAUUGCACAUUGUUGCAUGGUUUGUUGUCUAUAACAAUUCCCAAGUCCUUUUCGUGUGUUGUUAUCCCUAAUUCGCUUCCAUUAAGGGUAUACGUUGCUUGUGCAUUCUUUACGCCGAAGUGCAGGCCCGGACUGGCCAUCGGGCACACCGGGCAAAUGCCCGGUGGGCCGCGGUGGCCGUGGGGCCGAGGCCAGCAGGGGAGGUCCCAGGAUCUCCCCUGCCGGUCUAUGCAGGGCCGGCACUCUCCUAGCGCCGGCCCCGCUGUUUGCCACGACAGGCCGGUGGGGAGAUCAAAGCUCUCCCUCACCGGCCCAAAUGCGGCCGCCGGCGGGGAGAGAGGGAGGGAGACAGCCGCCAAGAGAGGAGGACCCGGCGGAACUCUAACUUGCAGCUCCGCCGGGUUCCUCUCGCGAGAUUCGGCACGUUGCCAUGGCAACGACCGGAUCUCGCGAGAGUUCACUCACCCACGAGGACCACCAGAGAACCCCGCCACCCAGUCCCAGUUCCAGCGUGCCGGUCCCCCCCCUCCCAGGCUAAAGGUAAGAAGGGAGGGGGGGGGGACAUAAUUCCUGUUUUUGUUUAUUUACCCCCCCUACACACACACAAUAACAUUUAUACAGCACUCUAACACCCAUCACACUCUCACACACACAGCACUCUCACACCCAUCACACACAGCACUCUCUCUCACACCCAUCACACACAGCACUCUCUCACACACACAGCACUCUCACACCCAUCACACACAGCACUCUCUCACACACACAGCAUUCUCUCACACACACAGCACUCUCUCACACACACAGAACUCUCUCACACACACAGCACUCUCACACCCAUCACACACAGCACUCUCACACCCAUCACACACAGCACUCUCACACACACAGCACUCUCACACACCAAUCACUCACACAGGGCACUCUCACACACACACACACACACGGCACUCUCACACACACACACGGCACUCUCACACACACACACGGCACUCUCUCACACACACACGGCACUCUCACACACACCCCGCACCCCUCACACACACACAUACUGCACCCCUUACAUACACACAGAACCCCCCCAACACACUGCACCACACACAUACACAAUACUUCCAAAUAUAUAUAUAUAUAUACACACACACACACUACACUCUUAAAGGACCAUUCUAGGCACCCAGACCACUUCAGCUUAAUGAAGUGGUCUGGGUGCCAGGUCUUUCUAGGGUUAACCCAUUGUUUUAUAAACAUAGCAGUUUCAGAGAAACUGCUAUGUUUAUCAAUGGGUUAAGCCUUCCUCCAAAGCCUCUAGCGGCUGUCUCAUUGACAGCCGCUAGAGGCGCUUGCGUGCUUUUCACUGUGAAAAUCACAGUGAGAGCACGCAAGCGUCCAUAGGAAAGCAUUAAAAAUGCUUUCCUAUGCGACCGGCUGAAUGCGUGCGCAUUCAGCCGAAGGGGCGGAUAGGAGGAGGAGAGCUCCCCGCCCUCGCUGGAAAAAGGUAAGUUUUAACCCCUUUCCAGAGCCGGGCGGGAGGGGGUCCCUGAGGGUAGGGGCACCCUCAGGGCACUAUAGUCCCAGGAAAAUGAGGUAUGUUUUCCUGGCACUAUAGUGGUCCUUUAACAUACACACUCUGGAUCCCCUAUACACACACUAGAUUCCUUGUAAGCAAACACAUACUACACCCCUAAACACACACACACACUAUAGCCUGUAUGCACACACUUGCUAUAUGCCCAAUACACACAUUCUCUACAGCCCAUAGCCACAUAUGCAUCACAUUACACCACAAACACAACACGACUAAAACCGACCUUAUUACACAAUACCACACCACGACCAGCUCACUCUACACACUCGCAAUACCACAAGCAGGCUCCAAACACAUGCACAAUACUCUUUCCUGGCCUUUUGUCUCCUGGUAUCCAUUUAUAGAGACACCAGAGACAAGUUGCAAGGAAACACAGUGCAAGCAUGUUAUUAAAUUUGCUUGCACUGUGCAGAACAAAUAUAGGACUUUUUUCUCAUGCUAGAGCUCUUCAGCAGAGCUCUGCGCAUGGUCUGCCCUGGAAGAGCAUUGAACCAACAUGCUCACUUUGAGAGGAGGCGUGUUUGUCAUUGGUGAUGACAAAACACACCUCCUCUGCCCCGCCCCCUUUUUAGUGGGCCGCUGUGUUAAAAAAAUGCCUGGGCCGAAUUUUUCUCCCAGUCCGGCCCUGCCGAAGUGCAUAACUUUGCAUUUUUCAACAUAAAAUUUCAUCUGCCAUUUGAGUGCCCAGUCCCCCAGUCUAUCUAAAUCCCUCUGCAGCAAAGUAGUAUCUUGCUCACAUUGUAUUGUUUUACAAAGUUUUGUGUCAUCUGCAAACACUGAAACAUGACUUUCAAUGCUGUCUUCAAGAUCAUUUAUAAACAUGUUAAAUAGAACUGUAAUGCUUACAUUGCAGGGUUAGUUCAUCCUCUAGUGGCUGCCAUACUGGGAGCCACUAGAGGUGCAUCCACGGUACAGAUCAAGUUAAACUUGGUCAUGUGAUGUGGAAGCCCAAUAGGAAAUCAUUGAUUCAAUGUUUUCCUAAGGUGGAAUUUUGAAUGUGCACGACACUUACUGCACAUGCGCAUUAGGUCUUCAAUGUCCCUCUAUUAGAAGCAUUAGAUUAUACCCUCAUGGAAGAUGCAGGACCUCCUUCAUGAUGGGGAAGAGAGGUGAGCAACAUUGAGGGCGUUGGAAAAUAAAUAAUUGUUUUGGUUUUUUUUUGCUCCGUGGGGGACCUAAUACUACUGUGUAGAUAGAUGCUAUAGUGUUAGGAAUACAGAUUUGUAUUCUUUAAGGCUAAGAUUGCCAAGCUGGGGCUAUUGUGGAAAUUGAGAAUUUCUCCACAUCAACCAUUUGCCUUAAUUUUGCCUUUGUUGAGUUUUGAGAGCACCAAAUUAAAAACAACACAGAAUAACUCCUCCCCUUCUGUAUAUUUACUAUGUACUAUUCACUGUGUGACCUUACCUGUUGUGUCCCUUUGUUCGUGUAUGCAUUGAAUUUUAUAUAUUUGUAAUGUUUUUGCUUUCAGAGUCUAACCCUGACAUUUUUUUUUUCUUUUUUAUCGACUUCAUUAUUUCUUCAGGUCAGGAACAGUCUGAGCUGGAGCAGGAAUUGCAUUCUCCUACACAGGUGGACGUGGCAAGGAACCUCAGUUUUAUGGCUCGAUUUUGGGAGUUGCAGGUAUAUGUUGGAUAUUUGGAUAUGUCAAAAUCUGUGUUGGAAACAUAGCUGUUCAGGAGUAUAAUGAGUUUAAUAAAAUUGCUGGAUGUUUUAUUUUUUUGUUCAACCCCCCCCCCAAAAAAAAAAAAUCAAGUUAGUCGGCAUACUAAUGCAAUUCAAUAAAAGGCUAGUUCUGAGCACAAAUGGUCAUGUCUUUCAGUACACGGGUUCUUGUGCAUCCAGCUACCACUGCUCUUCACUUGUAACUUUGUUUCUAUCCUCAGUGGAAGAUGCUCACUAUGAGAAGCGAGAGCACAGAACACAAGUACAGCUCAUCCCCUCUGGAUUGGCUCACCCUGGAUACCUCCAUCGCAUACUGGCUCCAUCCCAAGACCACAGUAAGUGCAAGCUCUGAAGGUUAGGGCUAUGGCCAGAACUUCAAAUACCCCAGGAAUGAAUUGGUAAUACAAGCGUACCUUUUUAAAGAACUUUUGGGGUUCAACCAUUCUUAAACCCAUCUACCUUUUUGUGAUGCAGUGAUAAUACUCUGCAAAGUGAAGUCUGUGUGAAUUUUUUCACAUUUGGUUUGAAAGCUACACAAGAUUAAAUGUUACCAUGGAACUGGUUGUGGGUGAAGUUUGCAAACUAUUCAGAAUAUGAAAACACAUCGCCUUAAUGUUGUAACAUUUUUAACGAUACUGGCUGGUUAGCUGAUGAAUCUUUAAUAUAAAUAAUUCCAGCUCAGUUUAAUGUUGUAACAUUUUUAACGAUACUGGCUGGUUAGCUGAUGAAUCUUUAAUAUAAAUAAUUCCAGCUCAGUUUAAAAGUGUCUCUCUAAGCAAAAGACAACUUUAGUCCUAACGAAGCCGUUUUGACAUAGAGAUCACACACCACCUGCAGUGUCACUGCUCAAUUUCUUUUGUUACUGUUUAUGAAGCAUUAGCCACACCUCCUCUGGCUGUGACUCACAGUUUCCUUACACAAUUCCUGAAAAACACAAAAAAAAAAUAGCUUCCCUUAUUGCACAGUGGCUAAAUGUAGAAUUUCUCCUGCUCUUUCAAUUUUCCUCUAGAGAAUGCAAAAGCCUCCUCCGUGUAAUUAAAGUUUAGUUAACAGAGCGGGAAAUGAGAACUUCUAAAGUAAACACAUUGUGCUGUAAAAAUUUAACUUUUUAUUUUUAUGGAAGCCAUGUGAGUCACUGCUUAAAUAAACAGAAACAAUUGACUGAACUCCUAAAUGGCAGAGAAUUGAGCAGUGAUACUGGAGGGGCAUGAUCUAUACAUCAAAACUUAAUUGAGCUAAACUGGUGUUGUUGCUUAGGGUCCCUUAAAGGAAAGGUAUCCGCAAUGUCUUGUAGUCCUUUUGGAAUGGAAUUCACCACUGCUGAUGCGAUUUUUUUUUUUUUAAAGUCUUUGCAUUUACAGUUAAUUUGUGUAUGGUGUGACAAAAUGCAUAGCCUGUAGGUGUGAAAUAUGAUCUGCCUCUGUUUCAGGCUCAGAUCCAACUCCUAGGUAAUCCUGUGAUCUGGUAUUCUGCCAAUGCUGGUGCGUUGCUCUACUCCGCAUUGCUACUGUUUUACCUGCUACGCCAGCAGAGGGCGAUCUAUGACAUUCCAUCAGGUAUGACUAUGGUGUUAAAUGAAUCUGCUUCACUAAUCCAAAGACAAAGAGAUUUUAAUGCAUGCCUGGGUUACUUACUAAACUGAGAAUUCUCAGGAGUUCACGAGGGAAUUGUAAAUUUAAGGCCAAAUUAACUGGCUGGAAACAUACAGGAUUACUUACUGAAGUGAGAAUUCAAAGUGAAUUUCACAUUUAAGGCCAGAGUAGCUGAGCUGGAAGCACAAUUGAGUUAGAGAAUUUUUCCAGUUUGGCUAUUUUGACCUGAAAUUUGAAAUUCACGUUGAAUUCUCACUUCAGUAAAUAACACUGGCACAGAGUUGAAAUAAUUUCAGAUUUUGCUGCUUUGGCCUACAAUCUGCAGAUUCUUGAAUAGUGAGUAGUCAAACGUAGUUUAACUAAACAGUGACUUAAAAUCCAGAUCUUAAAACAAAAUAGCAGAGCUGUGGGUAUGGCUAAAUUAGCAAAUGUUUCCUUAUCUGUUUUUCUAUUCACUACAGUCAGAAAUGGAUUACAUUAGGGAUAUUGGGACGGCAGCUCCAGGCCAAAACCAUCAACAAAUAGGAUAUACAGCCUUUUCAUUAGGCCCAUCAAAACGUUCAACUCCAGGCCCAUGACGCCCUAAGUCUGAGUACAGUUCAAGGUUUCGUGAAUAAACUCCAUGAAAACACAAACCAGAACCAAUCGACAUGACCUUCUCAUCAGCACCUUAGUAACUGCCCUUUGUGUAUUACUGGGGUCUGUUUGUUAUUUUCCACAUAAAAGACCUCCCAUAUUGUACCUGCUUGCUCAAGCAUCUUUGUUUCUUUGUUUAAGUUAGGUUUCUGAGAAAUCUUAAAAUACGACAUACAUUCCAGCUUUGAAGCGAAACUGCCACUGACUGGUCACAUAGUUUGCAAAGACCCCCGACAGUGACAUCGCCGUUGGGGGUCCAGUGGCCGGGGAGGCAGGGAAAGGUGAGUUUAAACUGUCCCCAGGAGCGCCGCCGUCCUCUUCGAGCCAGGAGCCAAAGUCACUGCUUUACUCUUGUGCAUACGUGAGAGUAAGGCAUGGAGGAUCCCACAAGACACUCCUUAGCCAGAGCUAAUUCCACGUGGCUGUCACUGGUGAUGGCUGAGAGAUUGACACUUCUAGAAAGUGCUAGCUCCGCCCAGUGUUUGUGUGUGUGACAGUGGUGCUUUAACACAUCAACUCAUACACUAUAAGGCUGCAUACAAGACUUGCGGAUUCGCUUGCUCGCUAGAAAGCUCCUCCUCAUUGUAUUGUAUUUGUUUGCAGAUAUGUGGCAGACCUUGCAGCUGACGGGCGCAGUGUGUUUGGGCGGCUGGGCUGUGAAUUACCUGCCUUUCCUUGCAAUGGAGAAGACCCUCUUUCUGUAUCACUACCUCCCAGCACUGACCUACCUGAUCCUCCUGUUACCGCCUCUGCUGGAACACACCUACCAGCAUUUGCUCAGGUAGGUAUGAUUGGUAUAUCACGUGCUCCAUGCUACUUGUGCUGGGGCAUUUGGGGGUAGAUAGGCUUGGCUUUCUAAGUGCCAUAGAAUGUGCCAGCCAAUUUAGAAUUAGCUAAACAGUCAGUUGAUUUUGUUGUUACAGCACCAGCUGCAGCAUAUAGGCCAUGUGUGUAAUGGCAGGGUAUGUUCAUCUAUUCAUGCUUCAAAGGUCAAUAAAACGAGAACCACUGAGUUGGGCAAUAACACAUCUAUCAUAACAUUCCAUGCACCAUAACCACCAAGGCCCAGUGAUUAAUGGUGCCACUAGUACCCUGGUGCGGUUCCAGAGUCAUUUAGUCAGUUUUAAAACUUCUGACAGGUUAGAUAUGUCGCACAGAGUUAGCUCCACUGAGCCAAGCAAGGUUAUACAGGAUCGCAAAUCACUGUGUGAGUGUGGCGGCUGUGUACUCUCAGAUAUUGAGUGUGGUCCCCUAUCAGACCAGAUGUAAGUUGUCAAACUACAUCUACUACUCUGGGACCUCCUGGCACGAUAACCACUACCAGAGGCUGUAAUGUUAUGGCAUUUAAUGAAAGCUAAAUGUAUCAUCCUUGUUAACUUAGCCAUUAUGUAUGGCUUUCACAUCUCUUUGCUGCAUUAAUAAAAAGGCAGACCAUGUGCCAAAGUCGCUUUAACUGGCAAUCCACUAGUUUUAGUGUACAGGUUAUUAAAAGUUUAACACUUUCUGACAUCACCACGCAGACUUAUAUGCAAACCAACUGCUAUUGUUUAGGUUUGUAUAUUCCAAUUCUAGGUAAAGAUUUAGCAUGCAGGAGGUUUGUCUCCUAAAUCCAUGUGCUUAUUCUAGGUCCGAAGUUCUGAGGAAUACAUUCUCUGCACUUCUGGUGGUUUGGAUGUCCAGUGUGUUUCUGACAUAUCGAAGACUUUGCCCACUAACGUAUGGGGAUCCUCCUCUAUCCCCAGCAGAAUUAAAGGGUCUGCGGUGGAAGGACAACUGGGACAUAUUGAUCAGAAAGCGGUGACAUAUGCUCCAUGGACUGAUUGUAAGAAGAGCAGCUGAAUUGUGUGGGACUUACCUGCUCAGACAAGCAGUAUGACUAUUUAAUGUAGCCAGCCAUAGGUCCAAAGCAUUUCAACUGGGAAUUUCAAUAGGACUAGAAACUGCUUUUGGGGCAGAUACGUCAUUAGACAAAAUCGAGAACAGGAUGGGAAAAAAAACAUUUAGCUGCAAGAAAUGCACUGGAUAGGUGCUUGUUCAGAAAACACUACAGUUUUGUACACUAUUAUUAUUAUUAUUAUUUUUAAUGAAAAGAAUUUGAACUGAAUACUGGUCUGUUUUCUGUAAAAGAAAUAUACAACUGUAUAUAUAUAAUAUAUUGCAAUACAGAACAUUAACAGUUAGACAGUCAAUACUGAAAUGUAUACCAUUAAGACACAGUACGGGAUUCUCAAGGUUGUUCUAAAUAACAGUCCAGAAUCCAUUAAUUCUUUCAUGCAUAGAUCUGUAAACCAACCUGAACCCCUGGUGACUUGAGAACAAACUAGCAAAAUUCUAGACAGAGUCAAGUGUAAAAGGGGGUUAAAGGAAAGCUCUGCUCUUUUUGGCCUGUGUUUUGCCACUUCAUUCCUAAGUCACUGUAACACGCUCUUAAGUGAAUACAGCCCGCUGUGCUUAUAUCAGAUGAGAUCCUGUGCAAUGUACUGAAGGAGCGCUAUUGAGAAUCUUCCCUGACAGUUGUCAGUAUAAUUCUUAGAACUUGGGGGUCUGUUCUGGAUAAAACCACCUGAAAUCUUUUUGAAGACAAAUUGUCAUAAGAACGUUUGUUUUUUUUCCCAAUGGUGAGUUAAAUUGAUUUAAUACAGAACAUUGCCAUGUGCUCUGUAUUACAGCAUGCAAUAGCUUUCCUAGAACUUUAGAAAAGAAUAAAUUAUAUCAUAUUACUGUAGAUGAUAUGCCUGUGCUCUGGCUGCCAAAGUGGCAGUAGUCUUACUGUCCUUUUACUACAGUGUUGGACAACAUCUGGAAAUCUAUGGCUUUUGGAGACCUCCUUUUGGAGGUUCAGUUCCUUUACAUUCAUACUCUAUCCCAGGGCAGAACUACUACCCAUUUACAUGCAUUAUAUAGACUAUAUUUACCUAGAAAUACCUUCUCGCUUUUUCAAAUUUAUCAGGAAGUUCCUGAACUCUAUCCAUUCUACAAGAUAUGGUAUGAAUUUUUAAUGGACGUGCAUAUGACAUCACAUUGAUAAGCAGCCUGCACCCCAAUCAUUGAAGAAAAAUAGAAGAUUCCUUUCUUUUGAUGAUUCACUUCCCCUUAUUUUUGACAUUCCGCUUAGGGCUAAGUUGAGAUACAUCAUCAAUGUUCUUAGUAAAUCUAUAGACUGUUUAUACAAAUAUAUAUGAAAACAACUUGCUGAAUGCUAAACCACUUCAGUGACUAAAGCUUCCACCCAUAGGAUGUCCUGUUCUGUACAUCAUUAGUUUAUGGAAAUAUUCUGGGGGACCAGGUUAUGUGCUGUGUGUAUACACACAUGCUUAAGGUGCAUAAAAAGACUAAUAUUCUGAGUUCCCCCAAAAUGAGCAUGCCUUGAUCUGGCACAAAAUGCUCAAAUAGUUACUUAUUUAAAAAGAAGCCUCUAGUUAGUUGUGAGAGCCCACUCAAGGUGCAACACUGACAAGUGAAUACUUGCAACAGGAGGGAAAAAAAAAAUAUUACACAUCUUGGGUGAUUCGUGGACAUCUGGUCUGCUGGAGGGGAAUGCAAGCUAAUCCUUAGUUGCCAGCUUGUUGCCUCUGUUACCGUCCCAAAAACCUCUCCUCUUGGAAAUAUGAGUAAUGGAGGAAGAAAUGGAGCUGUGAAGACUUUGUGUCGGGUUCUCUUAAUGUGGCCGACUGCUGGACUCCCGGUGCGUGCGUUUCCCAGGUACAAGAAUACCUGUUGUUUCCCCCUGACCUGGGAAGGUCCUCUUCUGAGAACGGCCAUUCACAGCGCCACGCUGCCACUUACAGAUGUCACCAUUUAGGAUGUCUUGAAUGUGCUGCACAAUCAGGUUAAUGGCCACUGGAAACAACAAUGGGUCAAUGUUGGCUAA